AUGGCCUCGGAUAUCUCGCCUUCACUGAAGCGCCCUACCGCUCGUCGGAAAGACCCAGCUUGCGGUACUUGUCGCAAAAAGUGCCGCAAAUGCGAUCGCAAGCGCCCCAUCUGCGACAGAUGUCGUACGAGGGGACUGCAUUGCGAAGGGUACCCUCCACGCUUUCAGUUCUGCGAGACAGUAACGGCGCCAGUCCCAUCAGCGUCGCCUUCGGGGUCCCUCGUAGCUCCGGAAGCUCCGACUAAGGCGUCAACGGUAGACUCAAUUUCCUCGCAGGCCUCCCUCUCUCCUGAUCAUGCUCUCCGUAACUUUACCACCUCGGGCUCGCCACCGCCGUCAUCGCCUGCAUAUUCUCCUUCCUCGUGCCUUGCUGGGGCACCCGAUUUCAACCAAGAUAUCUCCUCAAACCGGCGUCUAAUUGAGUACUUUGAUCAAUUUCUCAGCGAAUAUCUCACCAUUCAUGUACAGGGAACAAAUAAUCCCUUCCGAGAGCAUGUCCUGCCUCUUGUCUACCAACACCAAAGCAUUCUACACGCUCUGCUAGGACUUUCAGCAUGUCACAUGCAUAUCUCGGGAAGAAAUGAGAGUCAACACUUUGUCACCAUCUCUCUCCAGUACCGUGUGUCAGCCUUGCACUCGCUUGGAGCAUUGCUUCUUCAGGAAGAAGCCACUGGCCUGACAAACUCCGAGGAGGAGUGUGUUUUGGGGACAGUGCUAUUGUUAGUACUGCAUGACGUUUGCGAGACCGGAAUUUCCUCUCAUGGCACUCACCUGACCGGUGUUGCGUUUCUGUGCAAGAGAUUGGCAUGUCCAGCCGACUUCUCUACAAGGUCCAAGGCUAGCAUGUUCUUCAUCUCCGCUUUGUCCUGGUUAGACAUGCUGCGGGGAUUUAGUGGCGCGGAGAAGCUUGCCUAUUCGGGAGAUGUACGCAAAUGCGUUCGGGACCACGGAAGUCUUAGUCUUCACGCUCUGGUCGGCUGCCCUCCUGUUCUUUUCCACCGGAUCGGCCAAGUCCUCGAGGCUGGAAAGUCAUACUUGGCAGGGGACCUCUCGAUCGAUCAGUUCCAGGAGCUUCUGACCAAGGCCGAAAAGUUCUUUCGUGGAUGGGAUCCUGACCUAGCAAUCUAUCCAACGGGGCACAAGGAAUGGAGACACUUGGCUGAGGCAUACAGACAUGCCUGUCUUCUCCGUGUUCUCCGAUUUCCGGAUGCCUUUGUCAUUUCCUGCGACGAUUCUCGAAUAAAGGCCUCUGUAACAGCCAUUUUUGAUGUUUCCGGAGCUGACACUUCUUCGCCACAUCAGAUGCACUAUGCCAGCUGGUGUAUUGGUGAGAUCAAGCAUGCGACGGGAUUUCAGCAUCCAGCCAUGACUGAGAUUCUGACCAAGGUUUGGGAAGAGAGGGGGACCCACCUAAAUGGCUGGUACAAUGUCCCAUGGAUGGAAUUCAUAACUCUUAGACAUGUUCCGACAUGCUGA